AUGCAACUCACUACUCUUCUCCCCGUGAUCCUUUCCACCUUGAGCCUGACCAACGCGCAUCCUCUUGGUCAAGCCGCUACCUGGUCUGCAACCAACUUCACGCUCGAAUGCUCCCCCGGUGGCUGUGCCUACCGCUUCAACAUCAGCGCGCCAGCAUCCGACAACGCGCCUGGUUUCAUCACCUACUGUGAGGGGAUCACUCCCAACGCCACUGCCUGUGCCAACGACACCAUCACCGCCGCAGUCAGCCCCUUGACCAACCCAACAUGGAAUGUCAAGGUCCAGCACGAGUGGCAUGUCGUUGAGGAAGACUACAACUCCGAGGCCACCUACUGGCAGAUCGGCAGCACCAAUGUCACCGAGACUACCAAAGACUUCCUCAUCAAGCCUAAUGUCUUUUACGGCGUCGCAUAA